AUGAGUUCUUCAAUGAUUACCAGGAAACCACUCCCACAACCUGCGCAGGCGCACUUAAAAGAUGGUUCUCCUGAUAUUGCGACCGCUGCCUUUGGACCAGGAUUCAAUGCCCCUGUGCAUCAUCAGGAUGCGCUUUCAGAGCAGCAAAAGAAAGAGACGGCAAUUGACGACUCCGCUUCUUCAAUUGAGCAGGGUGUGACGGACAACCAAGGAACCGAAGGAAGAUGGAAUGCGUCCGGCGGAGGAUUUUUUGCAGUUAUAACAGGAGGCGCCUUGGUCUCAACUAUCUCUCGCCGUCUAGAUAACUUUCUCCCACCACACAAAAGAUAUUUCAAUAAUCGCAUCAGCCGCCGUACACUCCUUAUCAUUAUCGGCGCUUCCUUCAUCCUUCUUUUGGCACUCAUCAUAGGUCUUGCAGUUGGUCUGUCUGGCAAGUCCGAUGAUACUGCCCUACCUCUACCUGGAGGGACGCAAACUUUCGAGGGCGACUUGACCUAUUACAACCCGGCCCUUGGCGCAUGUGGUCAGACUCACAAUGAUGGUGACGCAGUCGUGGCCGUGUCCCACAUCCUUUGGGACAAGAACCAAGUGGGCGCCAAUCCCAACACCAACUCGUUUUGUGGCAGGAAGAUUCGUGCCCACCGUAUCAAUGAGAGGACGGGCAAGGAUGCCAGCAUCGACGUGACUGUUAUUGAUAGGUGUACCGGCUGCAAAGCUACCGACCUUGAUGUCAGCCCUGCCAUGUUCAAAAAGCUGGCCGAUCCUGAUUUGGGCAGGGUCACGGUGGAGUGGACUUGGCUGUAA